AUGAGCCCCUGGAGCCCCCUGAGCCGCGCAUUUUGGGCGCCCGGGAAGGGCAGGGAACUGGCGGGGAAGUACGAGAAAACGAUCCUGCUGAUCUCGUUGCUGUAUAUUCCCUCAGUGCUGCUAUUGCAGAAGGUGAUGAGAAAGAGGAAGGAGAUAGAGGCGAAGGCGCUGAAGGUGGCAUGGAAUGUGUGCCUAUCUGUGUUGUCCUUUAUAGGCGUGUUGCUGAUCCUUAUAUAUGACCGAAAUGUGCUGAAGAGUAUAAUCCUGGAGGAGACGGAGUACAGACCUGAAACCAGAGCAGUGAUCAGCAUCUUCACGCUAACAAAGGUAGUAGAAUAUGGAGACACCAUAUUCCUAAUUUUGAAGAAAAAAAAAUUAACAUUUUUACACAGUUACCAUCAUCUAAGUGUAGUCAUCUACUGUUUGUACUCUCAGAAGGAGUUGGUUUCUCACGCGCAUUACUUUGUCUUCCUCAAUUUGGUAGUCCACACGAUCAUGUAUUUUUAUUUUGGCUUUAUUUAUAUCGUCCCAAAAAUUCUGUACAAGGUCAGGCGAUUUAUAACGUGUUUGCAAAUCCUGCAAAUGUUCAUUGGCAUUUUUAUUUCCUACUAUGCGAUAAAAAAUGUGGACAAUAAAAUUUAUGUGAAAAAUGCAAUAGCUAGUUUGGCGUUAUAUUUAACAUAUGCUAUUUUAUUUUUAAAUUUUUAUUUUAAUAAUUAUUGCAAAAAUGUAAAAAGUAAUGUUGCCACGUAUAUGAUCAGCGUUCAUAUAUUAGGACUGAUUGGAUUUAUAAUGCUUUGUACGAGUAACGACACGUGGAGGUUAUUCCUUGAAGUUUCCAUUGGAUGUGUAUUCACCUUAACGUUACUCAGUUGCUCCUUUCAUUUUAACACACACUAUUGUAAUAUCUGGAAGAACAAAAUUGGUGACACAAACUUCUUUGAACAGACAGAUCUGUUUAACACUUACAAGGACAAGUACUUUUCCAAUAUGGCCUUCUUAAAAAAAAUGACGGUACAUAUGAUUAAGACCUUUCUCCUUUGCUUUAACGGUCUAGCAACCUACGCCCAUGAUACCAUAUUCCUUUUUGUAAACUUCUACUCGGAGAGGCUUAAGAGGAUUGCUCACGAAUCGCCUGUACUGGACAAAAGGGGCCAGUCACCAAGUUCGACGCGUCAGCCGGAUGGAAAAUUCGCCACAAAGAAGGGCACAACGAGGGACAAAGUGAAAGACCGAGUUAGUACCGUUAGUUACCAUGGGAACGCCCCUAACGCAGGACAAAACAGAUCGAACAAUAUUUUCCUCCUCAUUAAAGACCUUUACAACAGGUCGAUCAUCUCCUACAUUAUAUACAAAUCGCCCAUUGAAAAUAUUGCCAAAAAUUUGGAGUCCAUUUCGCCUGACCAGUCACCAAGGAAAUCUCUCCAGCUUACACUUCUUAGCAUGGCCAAGCAGGUCAUACAGAACUACCUCCUCUACAUUGUCUGCUUAAUUCUCCCAAUAUAUUACGGACUGCGUGUGUACAACGAUGCGCUGCUGGGCCUCUGUGUGCAUGGCGCACUCAGGUGGCUCAUCGAAAUUUACUCCACCAAGAUUUUUAACAAGUCGUACAAGUUGCAUGGGCACUGA